ACCACGACGCGCUACUGCGUCCAGCCUCGUUGGAAAUAAGCGCGUCGCUUGCUGCAGCCGAUAUCGCUGACGACAUCGGCGAAUCUCCGUCGCGAUGGAUUCGUCGUUUGCCCUCCACACUCGGAUCACGGCACGCGACUAUUGAGCGCCUCCAAAGUCCCAAAUCUUCGUUGCAUCUCGCAGUUUUCAACAUGCUCUCUAACGCUCUCUCUUGCGGUCAAACGCAUGUCCCCCAUCCUGCUUCUCCUCGAACAUGCCCUCAACUGCGGCCCUCCGCCAACGCGCCGCCGAGUCUGCCCUCCACGACCAGACCAAUCUUCUGGGGACGAGACAGCUCUUCAUCGUCUUUUCCUCCCUAGCAUCGGCACUGUUCAUCUGCUAUGCUGACCAGAAUGGCAUCGGUACUAUCCUCCCGACGGUCGGGCGCGAUUUCAAGGCCACGGACACCAUCUCAUGGGCCGGUACCGCCUCCCUCAUCUCCAACACUUCUAGCCAGAUUAUAUACGCCCGCUUCUCCGACAUCUAUGGGAGAAAACCCGUGUUCUUGUUCUCGGUAGGGAUGCUUGUGUUGGCCGACAUUCUGUGCGGAGUCGCCCCGGAUGCGUCGAGCUUCUACUUCUUCCGCGCCCUCGGGGGCAUUGCAGGCGCCGGGAUCAAUUCCUUAACCAUGAUGAUCAUCUCGGACAUCGUGACGCUGGAAGAGCGAGGAAGAUGGCAGGGGUUCUUAGGCGCGGGGAUAGGUGGUGGCAACGCAGUAGGUCCGCUGAUUUCGGCUGCAUUCGCCCUGCACCAGACAUGGCGAGCCUUCUUCUGGUUUCUUGCUCCGUGUGGUGCCAUUGCCGGGGUCAUUGGGUGGUUCUAUCUCCCCUCGACGAUGCCCAAGGGGAACGCGAGGCAGCAAUUCAAGCUCAUUGACUGGGGGGGAAUCAUCACUGCCACCAUCGCCAUCGUGCUGACCCUGAUCCCGCUUUCCGGCGGUGGCUCGUACUUUGCGUGGUCCUCCCCGAUGGUCAUUUCCAUGUUUGUCGUCGGCGGCCUGUCCUUCGUGGCCUUCCUGAUCGUCGAGUGGAAGGUGGCCAGUCUGCCCAUGAUGCCCCUGAGCAUGUACGCCAAUGCCCCCGUCGCCGCCAUCCUGGCCCAGAACUUCUUUUUCGGCAUGGUCUACUACUCCAACCUGUACUACAUUCCCUUGUAUAUCCAAAACGUUCGGGGGUGGGACACAACGAUCUCGGGCGCUUUCUUGGUUGCCAUCAACGUCCCACAAUCGCUGGUCAGCACGCUGUCCGGCAUCUUCAUCUCCCGGUACAAGCGGUACGGGGUGGUGAUCUGGACGGGCUUUGUCAUUUGGACGCUCGGGGCGGGACUGAUCUGCAGCUUCACGCGAACGACGUCCCCCGCGGCCAUUGCCGUCAUGCUCUCCAUCUCCGGCAUUGGCGCGGGCUGCAUCUUCCAACCUGUCCUGAUCGCGCUGCAGGCGCACUGCUCCAAAGCGCAACGAGCAGCCGUGGUCUCAAAUCGAAACUUCCUUCGCAGCUCGGGCGGCGCCGUGGGACUCUCCAUCUCUGCACAGGUCCUGCAAAGCUCCCUGCGGAGGAAACUCCCGCCUCGACUCGCGAGCUACGCGCACGACACGUUCGCGCUCCCGGCCCUGACUGGCGCGGACGAGGAUGCCGUGCGGGACGCGUACAUGGGCGCCAUCCGCACGGUGUUCAUCGUUUCGGCGCCGAUGAUCGGCCUCUGCCUCGCGCUGUGUGUCUUCAUCAAAGACCGAGGCCUGCAGCGACCGGAGGAGAGAGAGCAGGCCAAGGCCGCGCAAGGUGCAGCCGGUGGCGACAAGCAGCAGGAGAUGCAGGAGAAGGAAGAGCGUGGUCCACACCAGAAACAGCCGUCGACGGUUGACGAUGACGACGACGCCGGCGCCGAGCAGACCGUCACAAUAAACGGGGGCGACCAGCCGGGGGAGACCAGGAUAGACAUAUCCCCACCCUCUAAUGAUAGACAGGAAAAGGGGACGAACGUGCCCUCAUGAUAUGAUUGAUAGACCAGACAGAAACAUUAGAUCUCUUUGCUUUCC